AUGGGUGUCAUCGCAACUUUAAAAAACAACAAAGUCGGGGCAGUGGUGGUGUCUGUCUUUGACUGGUACCCGUCUCAGUAUCCAAAGGAAGAGAGAAAACUUCUCCGAAAGCUUGAUCUCGCUAUCCUGGUCUUCGGAUCUCUGAGCUUCUUUUGCCGCUUCCUCGGACAACAAAAUAUCACCAACGCGUACGUCUCUGGUAUGAGAGAGGAUCUAAAUGCCUUUGGAAAUGAGCUGAACUACUAUGUCGUUGCAUAUAACACGGCGGCACCGUUCCUGCUUCCUUCGCUCCAGAUACUUUGGGCCGUCAUCGCCUUUUGUCAGUCCGAGAUCCAACAUAGUUGGCAACUCUAUAUCCUGAGGGCUCUAACUGGAUUCCUCGAAGCAAGUUCGUUUGGUGGCACUCAUCUCAUACUUGGCUCGUGGUUCAAGAACGAAGAGCUCUUUAAACGAGCGGGCGUUUGGUUCAUGGGCAACUCACUUGGCUCCAUGUUCUCUGGCUAUCUCCAGGCCGCAGCAUACCGAAAUCUCAAUGGCGUUUUUGGGCGUGCUGGUUGGCGGUGGCUGUUCAUUGUGCAAGGCAUCAUCACAUUACCUCUGGCCUUUCUUGGAUUCGUCGUCUGGCCUGGCCUGCCUACAUCGCCUAGAAGGUGGUACAUGACUGAAGAAGAGCAUGCUCUUGCUCUCAAGCGCAUUCCUACCGUCGAGAAAGAAGGAAUUACAUGGAAGACAUUCAAGUAUACUCUGAAACGGCCUAUGUGGUGGAUUUGCGUCUCGUGCUACAUCUUCUUGUGCCAGGCGCAUUACUGGACUGGUUACAUGGCCCUCUGGCUGCGUCACGCUGGCUAUUCCAUCGAACUCGUCAAUAUCCUCCCUACAUUUAUCGACCUUCUCCGAGCCAUCUCUUCCUGGCUUGGCACUACAUUGGCAGGCUGCCUCAGUCUCCGAGGACUGUGGACAUUCCAAGCAUCCUUUGUAUUCUUUGCCUGCAUUGUGCUAUCUGUAUGGACUGUGCCUGAUGGCCUGAAGUUUGUCGCCUUUUACUUUGGUGGCUUUUCUGGCAUGGCAUCGCCAAUUCUUUACUCGUGGGUCAACUCUACACUGAAGGAGAACUAUGGUGAACGGGGGCUCAUUAUCUCGUCUAUGAUGACACUGGGCUUUUGCAAUCAGAUUUGGAUCCCGCUCUUCACGUUUCCAACGGUUGAGGCACCACGGUUCCCAAAUGGAUACCCAGCGGCCACGGUAUUUGAGUUUACCAUGUGGGCGAUCCUGAUGGGAGGAGUCUGGUACAUGAAAAGGUGGAAGGCCAAGCACCCGGACCUUGAGAUGCGUCUGGCCGAACCUGAGAGUAUUGGCCCAGCUAGUGGGUCAGAGUCUGGCGACACAGGCGGGACUGACGCAAAGCGUGCAAGCCAACAAGUUAGAAGUCUCUAA